AACAUUUCGGAUCCUACCUAUCCUUGCCCUGCGCUUCUCAUUGAGCUCUUUCUUUCUCUUGAUCGAUGGCUAGGUUCGGCGAGGGCGACAAGCGCUGGAUCGUCGAGGAUAGGGCCGACGGCGCCAACGUUCACAAUUGGCACUGGGCGGAAACCAACUGUCUCGAGUGGUCCAGAAACCUCUUCUCCAAGCUUCUCUCCGAUCUCACCGUUCUUGAUGGCGAGGGCAACUUGUUCAUCAAGACCAAGAACGUUGACAAGGUCGAUGGCGAAGCCUAUGUCAAUGUUCGAAAGGGUAAAAUCAUUCCCGGUUACGAGCUCAGUCUCUCUUUGUCCUGGGAAGGAGAAGCCAAGGAGUCCGACGGCAAAUCUUUGCUCAAGGUCGAUGGGACCGUUCAAAUUCCCUAUAUCUCCGACGAGAAUGCCGAUGAGGACCCUGAGCUUAAGUUCACAGUCAAUGACGAAGGGCCCAUUGGCAAGAGGCUCAAGGAGGCCAUGAUUUCACGGGGUAAACCUUUAAUCUUGGACAAAAUCAGGAUUUGGGUCGAGAGUAUGGCGAAAGGUGGACCUGUCAAAGACGACUUGGAACCCAAAAAAGUGACCCAGCAGAAUCCAGCUGCCUCAACGUCCGCUGCUGCGCCCAAGAAAGAGGCUGCGGUGGAGAAAAAGGUCAAGAGUGAUAGCAAGAAAGGUCGUAAAACAAUCACCUUGACAGAGAAGUUUAGUUGUAGAGCGAGGGAUUUAUAUGAGAUAUUGAUGGAUGAGAAUAGGUGGAAAGGUUUUACGCAGAGCGAUGCGAAGAUAAGCAAGGAUGUUGGUGGAGAAUUUUUCAUUUUUAACGGGUCGGUGACGGGAACAAAUGUGGAAUUACAGGAAGCUAAACUAAUUGUGCAGAAAUGGAGGUUUGGGAACUGGCCUGAUGGGAUUCAUUCUACCGUUAGACUUGUGUUUGAGGAACCUGAACCUGGGGUUACGAUCAUCAAGCUGACACAUUCUGAUGUGCCCGAGGAAGACAGCUAUGGGAAUGCCACAGUGGUGGAGAACACAGAGAGGGGAUGGCGGGAUCUCAUUUUCCAAAGGAUACGGGCAGUUUUUGGCUUUGGACUUAAAAUUUUCAUAUGAUCUUUCUAGUAUGUGAGGCCUUUUGUUUCUCUUGUCAAAUUUUUAACUGAUCAGCAAGGAAAUGUUAGGAUUAACAUUGGAUGUUGUGCACUCCAUUACACUUGGUUUAUGUUUGGCUCAAAUGAUACGGAUUCUUCGACUGAAACGGAUCUCGUGCGUCUCGUUUUAUUGUAUGGAUCUAUAUGAGGUUUAAAUGAGAUCUGUAAUCAUAUUCCCACUACGAACAUUGCAUGUAUUUUGCAGCAGCUUUUAUUGUCAUGGGAGGAAUCAGCUCUUUCUUUUCAA